CUCUAUGGAAUUUUCUCCAGGAGACGCAAGAACCAGAGGCCCUACAAGGGAACAGCCCCCUGACCUUCCAGCCAAGCAGCUCUGAUAAGUAGGCAGGCUCCAUGUCUGGAGACCCACAGACAGGUCUGGGUGAGUCUGACAGAAACUAGUUAAGCAAUCUCGUCCCUGGGACUCCGGGCUCAGCUCCGGAUAUGAGCCUCUGACAGACACUGGCCUCCACAGCCACAGUCAUGGCCAACAGGACCAACGCCUCUGUCCUGGACACCAGCUAUGAAUAUUACCUGGACUACAUGGACCUCAUUCCCGUGGACGAGAAGAAGCUGAAAGCCAACAAGUAUUCCAUCGUCAUUGCCUUUUGGGUGAGCCUGGCUACCUUCGUGGUGCUCCUCUUCCUCAUCCUGCUCUACAUGUCCUGGUCAGGCUCCCCACAGAUGAGGCACAGUCUCCAGCCCCACCAAAUAUGUCCAUGGAGUCACAGCCUCAACCCCUCCUUCUGCCUCCGGAGGGCCUCCCCGCAGACAACAGAGGAGCCAGCAAGUAGAACUGGCACUGACCAAUGUUUACAGCAGGAGGGUUCCUCCUCCUCACCCCCUGCACCCCUGGAUCUCCCCUAGGACCACAGUUAGGAUGGGGAUCCCCAGGGCAUCAGCUGACUUCAGGAACGAGUGACCUGUAGUGGUAAGCCUGGAGACAGAACUUCUCAACUGUAGAACUGACGUUAGUGAGCCAGGCACGGCCAAAUGAACUGCUGAACUCAAACCAACCUGGACAGCCAUGUCUUUUAAAAGCCAUUUACAAUGGUCUUAAAUGUAGCAAGAAACUGACCAGGUCAAAACCAAGUCUACAAGGAGGACCAUUUCACAUGUUAAUAGUCGAGCUAGGAUGAAGAUGCCUUAGACAUAGAUGAUGUUGUUGAGCAUGCUUAACCUGCUUGCUGCUUACAUUUGUUUUGGGAUGCAGAGGAAAAUAAAAUAUGAAUUGGGA